AUGGUUGCAGGUGAUCCACCUGCCUACGCAGAAGCUGGUUCGCCUUUUACGCCGCGUUCGAAAAAUACCACGGCAAAAAAGCGACUCUCCGGGGAGACAGAUCGCGGGACGUCGCGUGUGUGUCCCGAAUUUUCCAGUUCGAUCAGUGCGCUCUCGAGACGUGUACCGUGCGCGUUAUACAUUUCACUCGCGUGUGCGCUAUACGUUAUAUUCUCGGCCACGAUUAUUCUGAGCAGUAGCCAGCAUUCUCUAUACGGAUCUGAGAGAGAGCUUGCGGCCACACGCUGGAUUCGGUGGAUGCCGUACCGGAGGAUCCGGUUCGGGCCGAGCAAGGUCGGCUCGAAGAAUUGUAGCAGUACGAGGCCGAUCUUGAGUUCCUGAUAUUUCGUUAAAUUGUUA